ACGUCCAUCCCACCAACCUAAUCAAAAUUUGUUCUUGAAUCCUGGCUUUUUGUUUUUCUGGAUUCUAGAAUUUGCUAAGCUUCUUGAAUCUGAGAGAUUCAUUUGUUUCUUUGAUUUCUUUAUUGAAAAAAAGAGACCAGAGCAAGAAGAAGGGUUGUGGGAGUGUAUAAGGAGAGAAAGGUCUCUGGAAGGUAAAUGAUGGGUAGAAAUCUUAGUCCAAUUCUUCGGCGAGAGCUGGCAAAUCUUGACAAGGAUGCCGAUAGUCGAAAAUCAGCAAUGAGAGCUCUGAAAUCGUAUGUUAAAGAUCUGGAUUCAAAAGCAAUACCAGUCUUCCUUGCACAAGUUUCUGAGACCAAAGAAACAGGGUCUCUAUCUGGGGAGUACACAAUCUCACUCUAUGAGGUUCUUGCACGAGUCCAUGGUGUGAAGAUUGUGCCUCAGAUUGACAGCAUCAUGUCAACAAUUAUCAAGACACUAGCUUCCAGUGCAGGGUCUUUCCCUCUUCAACAGGCAUGCUCAAAGGUUGUCCCUGCAAUUGCAAGAUAUGGAAUCGAUCCAACCACUCCAGAAGAUAAGAAGAGGCACAUUAUUAUCUCUCUUUGCAAGCCUCUGUCAGAUUCUCUCCUAGGUUCUCUAGAAAGCCUAACUUCAGGGUCUGCUCUUUGCUUGAAGGCCCUUGUGGAAUCUGAUAAUUGGAGGUUUGCAUCAGAUGAGAUGGUUAACAAGGUUUGUCAAAAUGUGGCUGGGGCUCUGGAGGAGAAGUCUACUCAGACUAAUGCACAUAUGGGUCUGGUAAUGGCUCUGGCAAAGCAUAAUCCUCUAAUUGUUGAAGCAUAUGGGAGACUGUUAAUACAUUCUGGGUUGAGAAUAUCGAAUGCUGGUCUUGCCGAGGGUAAUUCUCAGAAACGAUUUUCAGCUAUUCAGAUGAUAAAUUUCUUGAUGAAAUUUCUGGAUUCCAGGAGCAUAUUCUCAGAAGUGGAGUUGAUUAUUGAAGAGAUGCGUAAGUGUCAAUCUGAUCAGAUGGCUUUUGUUAAAGGGGCUGCUUAUGAAGCUGAGCAAACUGCAAAGAAAAUAGCUCGUGACAAAGGGUCAAAAUUUGAUAAUGGUGGUGGUUCAGUUACUGGGUCCAAUUUUAGUAGGAGAGAACACAGUCGGAGGAGAAGCUUAUUGAAUUCUGGUGUUAGGUCUCCUGCAUCUGCAUCACCUGAAUCACAGACCCUUGAUUCCUUUGGUGAAUAUGAUUCUUUGGUUGAGUCACCAGUCUCAAUGACUCAGAAUUCUCAUAACAGGAUACAUGAUUGUAGGAGCGUUAACAGGAAGCUCUGGAGUUAUGAGAAUGGAGGAGUAGAUGUAUCCCUCAAAGAUGGUUUCUUGUCUGAGUUAACUCGGGGAAUUCCCAUUUAUAACUCACCUUCUGAGCAACAUGAACUUGCCGACAAUGGAGAAGAUUACACUGAAGAAUUUGCAGGGUUCUCACAGAGAACUCCUAGAAAUGGCCUAAUAAGAGGCACCACUCCUAGUCCUCAGAGGUCACGCGUUAAUGUUGACAACAUUAACAUCUUUACCACUCCAAGGAAGCUCAUCCACUCGCUUCAAGAUUUUAAUGAUGUUAACUCAGAUAUCUCUGAAAAAGAAACCUGGAGGUUCAGAAGUCCAUCAUCUGGAAGAUUUCACUCCAGCUCAUCUCCGAGGCAAAAUGGAUUUCGGCAUGAUGUGAUGCAUGAACUUAAUGGGAAGGAAAGUUUAUGUAAUGGUGGUGAGCAAUGUGAAGACAUGUCUGAAUCUGUAGCAUCUGCAGAUGAUGAUCCUGCUGACAGUGAUGUGCAAGAGUCUCACGGGGUAGCCCCCGUGAUUAAAACUAAAAUUCAGAAGCCUAGCAUUGAGAUUAGCCUCUGGAAGAAAGGUUCUAAAAUGAUUUUCAUUCUCUUUUUCAUUACAUUUGUAGUUUUCAUUGCACUGAUAUGUAGUGCUGGUUGGGAUGAAGGGGAUCAUCUUGUUCCGACCUGAUUCACCUAUUUUGUCAGAAAAUAUUGUUCUAGUAGUUAAAUAGAAACAUAAUUCAUCU